AUGCCGAAUACCAAUAAUACCGUCGGUAUGACUACCCGUUCCCGCGCGAAUGAACCUAAGAAUGAUGGCGAACAGGAUGAAGGAAAUUUGAACGUCAUGGGUACUGCACAACAGAACGAAAAUGCACAAAGUGCUGUGCGACUAACCGAGAAAAAUUCGCAGCACGAUAUCUUCGCCAAUGGAGGGACACUAGGUGAACAAAAUAAUUCGGAAAAAACUUCGCAAAAUGGAUCGAACGUCGAGAGCGUGAAUGCAGUCGAUACGAACGCUAUGCUCAAUACGCUGAUGGUGCAAAAUAAUAUGCUCAUGGAGUUAUUAAAAUUGCAACAGAAUAAACCACUCAACGACAUAACCAUUGCUCCGGAUUUAGAUAAGUCGAUACCGGUUUUCAAUGGUCUUAAUACUGGUUAUCAAGCGUUAGACUGGUUGAGGACUGUGAAUGGAGUUGCCAAUUUACAUCGGUGGCCCGAUAAUUUUAAGUUACAAUCCGUACGAGCAAACUUAGAUGGUGCAGCCCGACAUUGGUAUGCGUCACGCGACAUCGAAAACUGGCCGGAUUUCGAAAGACAAUUUCACAAAACAUUUGUUGGUACCGUUAUGACCGGUGACCGGUGGAAAGAAAUGUCCCGUCGUGUUCAAGUUCGAAAUGAAAACAUCCACGAGUACUUCCACGAAAAAGUACAUCUUUUCGUAAUCACAGAGACGAAGACGAAUAAUUCGUUAAGCGACGUAGUCGAAUAUGGACGCUUGGAUGCGUCACGUUCGAGUCGCAUUCGUCAUACAAUUAUCGAUGCUAAGGAAAAGGACACGUACAAAACAGGUGUAACGCGAUCAACUGUUGUAGCUACACCGAAGAAAGAUCAGACAAAAACUGUAACAACCGGAACACUAACUACGCGCUCGUGUUAUAAUUGUGGCUCGAAAGACCACAUUUCGCCGCAAUGUCCAAAGCCGAGAAGGGAGAAGGGCGCGUGCUACGAAUGCGCGGCGACAGAUCAUCAAAUAGGAACCUGCCCUACACGUAAGAAACGAUUCGGUGAUGACGGAAAAUCGAGGUCGGCUGGGCUGAUGAAUAUUGACGUGGAGGGCGACAGUGGGCCAACAGACGAGUACCCGAUGCCGUAUGAAGUUCGGUGCAAAUACAAUGUACCAGUGGAGGGAGAGGAGUGUCAUGUCAGAUUCAACGCGGUGGUCGACACAGGAAGUCCGGUAAGCUUACUUAAACGCGAUUUUGUUCCGAAUAAUAAUUUUGUACUUAAAUCCGCGGACGGUUGUAAUUUUUCGGGAAUUAAUGGCGCGAAAGUCGAGGUAUUGGGUAUUUUUGAAACAAAAGUAUUGGUAAAUAAUAAUAUGAUGAAUGUUACGUUUUAUAUUGUAUCAAACAAUACUAUGAGUGCAAGUGCGAUUUUGGGUAGAGACCUUUUAACAAAACCGGGAUAUAAAGUCGAGUUUAUAAAUAAUGAGGUAAACAUAAUUAAGGUGAACGAGAAUGAGACCGUGAAAGAGACAGUCGAUAAUUGGAACGAAAUAUUAUGUAUUGAUUUUAACUCAGACGUAAACGUGGGUACAGAUACUGUGAACGUAAAUCCCGAUUUAGACUGUGAUGUAAAUGAUAAAUUUAUUAAAAUUUAUAACGUUGAAUACCUAGCGCGAAUAAAUGUAGAACCACAUAGUGAUAAUAAUUGCAAUUUUGAAAUGAAAAUAGUGUUGAAACACGAACAACCUAUAUCUUUUAGGUCGAGAAGGUUGUCGUAUAGCGAGCAAGGUAGUUUGCGUAAUAUUAUCGACGAAUUGUUAUCCGAAAACAUAAUAAGACCAAGUAAUAGCCCCUAUAGUAGUCCGAUUGUAUUAGUGAAAAAAAAAAAUAAAAGUUACAGGCUGUGUGUUGAUUAUCGAGAGCUUAACAAAAUUACAGUUAAAGAUAAUUUCCCGGCGCCUUUAAUAGAUGAUCAAUUAGACCGUUUAAAAGGAAAAAAAAAUAUUUACUUCGUUAGAUUUGAAAAAUGGUUUUCAUCAUGUACGCAUGAACGAAGCUUCUAUUCCAUAUACGUCAUUUGUCACGCCUAUAGGGCAAUAUGA